AUGGGAUCAAUGGGAAGGCAGUCGUCCUUUAGAGGCGAUUGCCUCAAAGGAAAAGUGGCCUUUAUCACAGGGGGCGGCUCGGGCAUCUGCAAAGAAAUCGCCAGGCAAUUCAUGCUGCAUGGUGCCUCAGUUGCGAUUGCCUCCAGGGACCAGAAGAAGCUUCAUGAUGCAGCCGAGCUGCUUGCUUCUGAAACGGGCGGAUGCUGCUUUCCGGUGACGAUGGAUGUGCGCAAGGAGAGCCAAGUGGUCAGUGCGGUGGAUGCUGCCAUGGCGAAGUUUGGUAAAAUAGAUAUUCUUGUGAACGGCGCCGCAGGCAACUUUCUCUGCUCUGCGGAGAAGCUGUCGUACAAGGGAUUCAAGACUGUGAUGGAGAUAGACGCCCAUGGAUCUUUCAUCGUAUCGAAAACGGUUUUUGAGAAAUGCUUCAAACCGGCGGCGCAACGCGCGGACUUGGGGGCAGCUCGUGGCUUGGGGGAAACUGUGCGUGGGAGACAAAGCGACGACGCUGGGUGUGGGAAGGUGAUUUUGAACAUCUCGAUGACGCUCCACUACACGGCAACCCUGCUGCAGACGCAUGCCGGCGUCGCCAAAGCUGCGGUAGACGCUAUGACUAAACACUUGGCUGUGGAGUGGGGGCCCUACAAUGUUCGAGUAAACUCAAUUGCACCAGGAGCGGUGGCAGACACCGUCGGAUUGAGCAAGUUGAACCCGUUUGUGCAGCGAGGGAAUAUCAGUGCGCAUUUAGAGAGUCAGCGGAAGUCACUGCAGGCGACCGACAAUUCUGACGCGGGAGCCACCAGCCGGCGGCUGCAUCCAGAGAACGGCGUCGACCCGGCAAGGGAAGGGAAGAAAGAGGACCUGGAGUUCUUGCGUCAGUUCACUCCUCUCCAAAGAAUCGGCACCGCGCAGGAUGUGGCCUUCACUGCGGUGUUCUUAUGUCUCCCUGAGUCAAGUUUCAUCACCGGGGCCAACGUUGUGGUGGACGGCGGCCAGUGGAUGACGAGUGGGAAUUUCACGCUGCUUGAGCCACGCCAGAACGAGGCCUGGAGGAACGCCCCAUUCCGCGUUGAAGCAAAGCUCUGA